AUGUUGCUGUUUUUCCUUCUUCAAAAGAUUUCCCCCUUUUUGCUGACACCACAAAUCAGAUUCUUGGAAUUAAUGUCAAACGCUAUCAAGGAAGGAUGGGAAAGUCAGCUAAAUACAGAGCAUCUUACUAGCAGGGGGUAUUUUGGGUAUUUGAUUUUGGGUUUUGGUGACACGCAUAUAGUUAUUUUGGG